AUGGCGGAUGUCCGAUCCCUUCUCCGAAAUGAAUUAGCUUCGCGCAAGGGCACGUCUCCCAACACCACCGGAAAUCGCGUCACCAAGAAGCGCAAGGUUGACAAUAACGAUGCCGCGAUGCGAAAGAAAUUACGAUCGGCCAGCUUGGAAUCAGUCCAAGCAGCUUCAGACGCCGCGGUGGAAGGCUCACUGAGUGCUGACGGCACGGUAGCAAGUGAAGCAUUGGCGCCGGUAGAAGAGGACCAGGUCGCUGGGCCAGAUCUACCCCUCGAUGAAGAUCAGCCAGACUCGACGACUGCCCCUCAACAACUACAACCGACACAAGAGACUACACUACCUUUACAAGAAGCCUCUGCCGCGGUCGACGAAGAUGAGUGGGCCGCGUUCGAACGAGAAGUUGCCGCGCCAAGCCGACUUCCAGAGGCCCCAGCUGCCGCUACUACAUCCGCGACUAUAUUUGCUGCUCCUGUCUCCGCGGAGGAGCUUGCAGCACAGCAGAAAUCAGAUACCGCCACAAGGGCUCGGACUCGGGAAGCGGAGUUGGAAGGAGAACGGGAAGAUGCGGCACGAUUGAUGGAAGAGGAAUUUGAUGAGAUGGAACAGCUCGAAGAGCGUGUCCGUCGACUCAAACAUAUGCGCGAGGAGCUGCGACAAAAACAAGCCCGUGAUGAAGUACAAGAUCGGCCUAUGGCCUCAGAAGAGCAAGGGGCAGCAGCAAGUGAUAGUGGCGAGGAAGAUGAAGAUGAAGAUGAAGACGAAGAUUGGGAUGAUUGGAGAUUUAAAUGA